UAAGGAACUAGCAUGAGGGGCGACGCCGAAGCUCAUUAACUAUAGUCGUUAGUGUCGUCUGUUUUGAGUCGGUGGCGCUCGGCGUUAUCGGCAGAGAACCCGGCGACGUUGGGUCGCGUCCCAAUGGGCACAGGACGAGGAGAAGUGAUGUUUGUACCCGUCCCUCGCUAACGUCCGAGUUAGCUUUUUGGCUAGCCGUCAGCUGUUGUUUUGGCCGGUUCGUGGCUAGCUGGCUAACGAACCAGGCUGCUUAGCUUCGCGGCUAGUUGCCCACUCCCUCCGGCCGCGACCGUGUUCGCUGCGAGUUGGGGCAGAUUGGUUUCCCUCGUUCCCCGGCGAGCCGGCAAAGCGGUCGGUGGAUGGCGACUUGACGCGAAGGCUUGUCGCCGUUAAAGACAAGUCAGCAGUCGGUCAGCUGUUCUAUGUCGGGCUCCGGCGCAGUGUGAGAUCGAUCCACCGGCUAAGCUCUUAAUAUUUCGAGAUGCAUGACGCAUACGAACCAAUGCCUAUUUUGGAGAAGCUGCCUCUCCAGAUUGACUGCCUUGCGGCCUGGGAGGACUGGCUGCUUGUUGGAACAAAGCCAGGACAUCUCCUCCUUUACAGAAUUAAGAAGGAUCCAGGCACUAACAGAUCUGAGGUUACUCUGGAAAAAUCCAACAAGAACUUCUCAAAGAAGAUUCAGCAGCUUUACGUGGUCGCGCAAUACAAGAUUCUCGUCAGUCUUCUUGAGAACAACAUCCAUGUCCAUGACCUACUGACCUUCCAGCAGAUCACUGUAGUUUCCAAGGCCAGAGGAGCUACACUCUUUGCCUGUGACCUGCAGCAAUCUGGUACAGGGGAGGCAAGGUUGAGAAUGUGUGUUGCAGUGAAAAAGAAACUUCAGAUGUAUUACUGGAAGGAUAGAGAGUUCCACGAGUUACAGGGGGAUUUUGGUGCUCCAGAUAUCCCAAAGUCCAUGGCCUGGUGUGAAAACUCCAUAUGUGUCGGUUUCAAACGAGAUUAUUACCUCAUCCGGAUGGAUGGUCGAGGCUCCAUCAAGGAGCUCUUCCACACUGGCAAGCAGUUGGAGCCACUGGUCGCCCCACUGGCUGAUGGGAAGGUGGCUGUCGGACAGGAUGACCUGACCGUGGUGUUGAACGAAGAGGGCGCUUGCACCCAGAAGUGUGCUCUGAAUUGGACAGAUAUCCCGAUCGCCAUGGAACACCAACCUCCCUACAUCAUAGCAGUCCUGCCCCGGUACGUGGAGAUCCGGACCUUUGAGCCGAGGCUGCUGGUUCAGAAUGUGGAGCUGCAGAGGCCUCGUUUCAUCACCUCAGGCGGGCCAAACAUUGUGUACGUUGCCAGCAACCACUUUGUGUGGCGCCUGGUUCCGGUGUCGAUAGCCAGCCAGAUCCGACAGCUUCUUCAGGACAAGCAGUUUGAGCUGGCUCUUCAGCUGGCGAAGAUGAAGGAUGAUUCGGACGGGGAUAAGAAGCAGCAGAUUCACCAUAUCCAGAACCUGUACGCCUUCAAUCUGUUCUGCCAGAAGAGGUUCGAUGACUCCAUGCAGGUCUUUGCCAAACUUGGCACAGAUCCUACCCAUGUGAUCGGCCUGUACCCUGAUCUGCUCCCUUCAGACUACCGCAAGCAGCUACACUACCCCAACCCCCUGCCUACUCUGUCAGGGGCCGAGCUCGAGAAGGCCCAUCUUGCUCUUAUCGAUUAUCUCACACAGAAACGCAGCCAUCUUGUCAAGCAGCUGAAUGACUCGGACCCCUCCACUACAUCUCCGCUCAUGGAAGGCACACCCACCAUCAAAAGUCGCAAGAAACUGUUGCAGAUCAUCGACACCACCUUGCUGAAGUGCUACCUGCAUACUAACGUGGCCCUGGUGUCCCCCCUCCUACGUUUGGAGAACAACCACUGCCACAUCGAGGAGAGCGAGUACGUCCUGAAGAAAGCACACAAAUACAGCGAGCUCAUUAUUCUGUACGAGAAAAAGGGUCUGCAUCAGAAAGCCCUCCAGGUGCUGUUGGAUCAGUCUACUAAGGCCAACUCUCCCCUGAAGGGCCACGAGCGAACAGUGCAGUACCUCCAAAGACUAGGGAUGGAGAAUUUGGGAAUAAUCUUCGAGUUCUCCCCCUGGGUGCUGAAGAUCUGUGCUGAAGAUGGGCUGAAGAUCUUCACAGAGGACUUGACGGAGGUGGAGACUCUGCCUCGAGACAAGGUGCUGAACUUCCUGAGGGAGGGCUUCAAGGAACUGGCAAUCCCCUACCUGGAGCACAUCAUCUACACGUGGGAGGAGACGGGCCCAGCGUUCCACAAUGUUCUGAUCCAGCUCUACCAGGAGAGGGUGCAGGGCUUGAUGAAGCAGUACCUUAACUCUCUACCAGAGGGCAUGCCAGCAGUGGCUGCAGGUAUGGAGGAGGGUGACCUGGGCGAGUAUCGAACCAAGCUGCUGUCAUUCCUGGAUAUUUCCACCAGCUACGAACCAGAAACGCUCAUCAGUGACUUCCCUUUCGAUGGCCUGCUGGAGGAGCGGGCCUUGCUCCUAGGCCGGAUGGGUAAGCACGAGCAGGCACUCUUCAUCUAUGUGCACAUCCUGAAAGACACCCGCAUGGCAGAAGAGUACUGUCACCGGCAUUAUGACAAACUGACAGAAGGAAACAAAGAUGUAUACUUGUCUCUGCUGCGGAUGUACUUGUCUCCCCCUGAUGUCCACUGCCUGGGGCCCAUCAAGAUGGAGCUGUCGGAGCCCCAGGCCAACCUCCAGGCCUCUCUGCAGGUUCUGGAGCUUCACCACAGCAAGCUCGACACCACCAAGGCAAUCAACCUGCUGCCGGCAAACACCAAGAUCCAUGAGAUCCGGGUCUUCCUGGAGAGUGUCCUGGAGGAGAAGGCCCAAAGGAAGCGCUUCGACCAGGUUCUGAAGAGCCUCCUGCAGGCAGAGUUCCUCAGGGUGCAAGAGGAGCGCAUCUUCCACCAGCAGGUGAAGUGUGUCAUCACAGAGGAGAAGACCUGCAGGGUGUGCAAAAAGAAGAUCGGAAACAGUGCUUUUGCAAGGUAUCCUAACGGAGUGGUGGUGCACUACUUCUGCUGCAAAGACCGCACCACGUGUCCCACCGAGCAGUGACCCCCCCUCUCCGUCUGAGGCGAGGCUCGCAGACACGAACCCCAUGACCACUGUUUACUAACAGCUUCCCCCCUCCACCGCCACCCCCCUUCUUCGUGGACUCCCAUGUUCAGCCAUCCUUGAGGCAUGGAAACGUGUUGGCACGGGCGGAAAAGGCGCCACCUGUAGCCGAGCCGCAGAACGAGUCUCCACUUCCACGUUGCACGACAUGCUCUGUUCGGUGGACGCUUUCAUCCAACAGCCAUGAGCAAAUAUUUCCUUUUGGGAUUUUUUUCUCUCUCGUGUUUUAAAAUAUGGCUGGCAUCCAAGUGGGAAUCAAACCCCUCGGCUUCUGUCAGCGUCCAUGCCACAGGCUUAGACACAGGGGCUCCUUCUGGAAGUGUGGUUGCUUUCUCUCCCUCUGGGCAUGAAAUAACAGGUGAAAUGUUUGGGGAAGAGAGAAAGAGACGGACAGGAUUUACUCUCUCUCUCUCCUCGGCCACAGGAAAGAACAACCACUAUUGACAAGGUGCUCUGCCGAGGAAGGAAGUAUGUCAUAUAAAAUUUUAGUCCGGGGGGCGAUUAGAAACCCUCUGCGGGUUGUCGUUCUCUCUCCCUGCCUGCUGUCAUCUCUUUCUGCUCCUGGCAAUCCAUAUACUGUAACGGUCACGCCACAUAGACUCUCACAGAUAUCCUUCAAUGCCUUGUGUGACUUUUAAGAUUGUAUUUAUGGUGACCUCAACAGUCCGUCUGCCAUGCUUCUUUUAUGUGCUUGGCAUGAGUUGGCACAAAUAUACUGGAAUAGGCUCAGCAAAGCAAUAGUCAUCUCGUGACUUUCUUUUUUCCACUGAUUUUCUUUUGUUAUUAUGUUAUAGCAGCAUUUGAGUGGGCCGCGCUUCUUUGGAUGUAACACAAUGCCAUUUUUUUUACUAAGUUUUGUUUUCCUCAUUUACUGUUGUAACUUGUCUGCGCUUGGAUUGUCGCCAGAGAAUCAAACCCACUUUUUUCCGAAGAUGUUACAAGACCAACAUACCCAUUUCCGACAUAAUCAAUUUUUGUUUUUCCAUCAUAGUGAAGGAAAUUAACAAGUGACUUAUCAACAUUUUUAACAUUUCAAGACACAAAAGUACUGCACUUUAAAAGCUAAUAGAUUUUCCUGUUUAUUUAUUGUUACACCGUAUGAAAGCAUGAUUAUAUAUAAACUGGAAAAUUGUGAUAUAUCCGAGGUACGACCAUUGUUCUGUGCUUCAUCGCGGCAAUAUCGUAAUCAAAAACAUGCGUCAGCCGUCCACCCAGGAGUUAAAUCAUCGAUCAGGAUUACCCCAUUAGCCCUGUAAAUGAAGGAGGUUUUCCUGAGACGUAUUUUUAACAAUUUGAGGCAUUUUGGUGACCUGCGUGUAUCGGCAUGUUGACUGACUGAGCAGCAGGCGUCUUGUUAACACACUUUAACGUCAAGCUGACAGACUGGCCUGUAGCACGGAUCCAGUUGGAUACAUGUUGAUCUCUGUAACUGCCAAACUACUGCCUUUGUGAAGGAUUCGAAUAAUUUGCCAGCCUAAGCUUGCUGAUUUAAUUAGUUCUAAAGUGUUGUUGCAGCACAGUACCAACCAAAUUUGGAAAAGUUGUAUUGUGAUUAAAAUAUCUUAAACUGAA